AUGCCAGCCCUAAAACGAAAGCGCCUCCAAGAUGAGGAACAGAGCAAGCUACUCCCAGAUGAGAACAGCCGAACACGACGUGUGACGCGCCAAAUAUCGAUCCUUCCUCCCCCGCUCCCCGUACCACCGAAACCAACUUCCCAAGGACGCUCGUCACGCGCCAAUCCGACUGCUGUAGCGAACCCACAAGAUGGCACUAGAGUGAAGGCGCGCGGUCGAGGACGGCCACGGCGAGAACCUGACACUGCUGCGGCUCAGGCUGGACAGGAACCAGACAGAGAGGAUUCGGUCACGCGAAGAGGAAAGAGAGGCGACAACACGACGAGUACCAACGUCGGCCACCAAAGAAAGGCGCGGAAAGGGCGACAGCCAGAGUCCUCUGCCGCUGCCUCGGAACGGAAGACGAGACGAUCGGCCAAGACGUCAGAUACUGUUCCAGAUUCCGAGGCCGAGGUGUCUUCGGCCGACUCUACCUCCGGGGAGGAAGAAGACCGAGAAGAGGGGGAGGAGGGGGGGAAAGAGAACGGAGACGACGAAGAAGCAGAAGACGGCGAGAAAGAAGCCGAAGCCGUCUCGAGGACAGCUCCAUCGAUGCGCCGUCCAAAGAGGUCGGCAGCCCCGGCUGUCGCCACAGCGCCUGCGGCACGGAUGAUAGCCAAUAAGACAAGCCCACUAACAGCAGACGGGAAGGAGCCAUCAUUUCAAACGCCGGUAGAGGCAUCCAGAACAGAAAUCGUCUUUAAUCACAUCUCGUCUUCCCCGACCACCACCCAGCUCCAGUCGGCCACAGAGAUCCAGCCGGCAUCCGUGCCUCUACAAAAUCGAACCGCAGAUGCCACUUCGGUCCUGUCACCAGCCUCGAUUACCGCGCAGGAGCAGAAGCAGCCGCUCUUGUCGCCCAAGCUGCUAAAAUCUGGCCUCGCAUCCAUGAGCCCAGCGACGAAUGUGCCUGCGGUAAUCCCGGGCAGGCGCGCAUCGCAAAGCACUUCCUCCGUUGGCUCGUCUCUGCAAGCACCGGCACCGCCGCCCGGCUCCGGUCAGCCUGAUCGUAACAUCGACAAGGUUGUCCUGGGCAAGAUUUGCUUCCGCGCCUGGUACCCGUCGUACUAUGGCAAGGAAGUGCUGGGCGAAACGGCAGGAAGCACGCACCACGGCAAGGGCCACCCGACCAGCGCGCAUUCCGGCCAAGGAAGCGGAAAGGACAGCCACCACGGAGCCCAUCGCAAUCCCCAGCCCAUACUGGACCGCCUUUACGUCUGUCCAUGGUGCUUCAAGUACUCCAAGGAGAUAGUGCCCUGGUGGGGUCAUGUGCAGGCUUGCGAGCGGCAGUUCCAGAUCCCGGGAGAGAAGGUUUACGUACACCCAAAGGGAAUCCGGACGGUGCGGGUGCCUGUGCAGCCGACUCCGAAGACGAGGCGCAGAAGGGGCGGUGGUGAGCCGGAAGUCCAGUAUGUCGAGCAAGUGGUCAAGGACGAGGGCGAAUGGAGCAUCUGGGAGGUGGAUGGCGAAAAGGACGGGCUCUUCUGCCAGAACCUGUCGCUAUUUGCAAAGCUCUUCCUCGACAACAAGUCGGUCUUUUUCGACGUCACUGGUUUCAACUACUUCCUGCUUGUCUACACGCCGCCACCUCCUACAGCAGAGACGUCCACUACGACAUCCGAUGGCCUUCAUGCCAAGAGCGCGGAACAAGAGGGCGUCGGUUCCCUGCCGCGCUCGCGAGUGAUCGGCUUCUUUUCCAAGGAAAAGAUGUCGUGGGAUAACAACAAUCUUGCCUGCAUCCUGGUGUUCCCUCCAUGGCAACGCAAGGGCCUAGGGGCACUGUUGAUGGGAAUAUCCUACGAGAUUUCGCGUCGUGAAGAGGUCCUUGGCGGCCCGGAAAAGCCGAUUUCGGAUCUUGGCAAGAAGGGGUAUAAGCGAUUCUGGGCAGGCGAGAUCGCGCGCUGGUUGCUGAGCUUGACCGUGCCCUCGGAGCAGAGCAGUAGCCAGUCUGGCGACGGCAGCGAGGAGAAAGCGCUGGUGAUCGACAUUGCCGACUGCAGUCGGGCGACAUAUAUUGCGCAGGAAGACUGCCUGCUCGUUCUGCGGGAGAUGGGUGUCGUGGAAGAUGCCGGCAUGGGACCGCCUAAAAGUCAGUAUCGCAACACGCUGCUGCUGAGUGACGAGCCCGGAGCCGGACUCGAAGGCCGUUCAAUGUCUCCGGCGCCAGAAUUGACGGGUGGCGGAAAGGCUGCGCCGGCAGCCCUGGUGCCGGUAACGGGCGCCGUCCCACCGACUGCAUCGGGUGUCUUGGACGGAGGGACGGCACCAGCACCGGCAUUGUCCGAAAAACAGGACGUGCCAAAGGAGGUGCAGAGGAUCCGCAUCGCCAAAGCGACUGUGCGCCGGUGGGUAGCGAAGAACCGGAUCAGUCUGGAAAAGGCGUGCGAUCCGGCAGGGUUCAUCAAGAUCUAUUCAAAAAAGGACUUGCAGCAAACGACAGAUGAAUGA